UUCCCACAAUGCACUGCGACUAGCAUGGACGGGAACUGACUGGCAAGGACUCCAACUCCUGAUUGAUAAAAAUGAAGGUGGCUUUACCUCACCAUUUUUGCUAACUUCGCUCGCAGCAGUUCCGCGUUCAAGUUGACGAAGUCAUAUUUUACACACGAUGCAUCUGUGAUUGAGCCGUAAGGAGCCGAGAAGCCGUUUACCCUCCGGAUUACACAUGACUGUGCUACUUUACGUUGAUCAGAAUCUUCCCGUGACCCUACAACCACAGCCAAGAUGGCAACCGUCAUAGCCAAACGAGAGGGGCCGCAGUUCAUCAGCGAAGUGGCCGUGAGGGGCAAUGCCGCCGUCCUGGAUUACUGCCGCACCUCCGUGUCAGCGCUGUCCGGGGCUACCGCCGGAAUCCUGGGCCUGACGGGACUGUAUGGCUUCAUUUUUUACUUUUUGUCCUCCUUCCUCCUGUCUUUGCUGCUCAUUCUCAAGGCCGGACGACGAUGGAACAAGUGCUUUAAAUCCAGACGGCUCCUCUUCACCGGGGGCCUGGUUGGAGGUCUUUUCACCUACGUCCUCUUCUGGACUUUCCUCUAUGGAAUGGUGCACGUGUACUAAAAUAACCCGCAUUCUCCUUAAACUAAUUGCAUUUUGUUUGAGCUGUAGAUGAGCCAAAAAUAGAUUUUAAUGUUAUUCCAUUGUGACCUGCUGACACGACAUUUUUUUUCCUUACUCUUCACACACUCAACAAUGCCUUUUAGUAACUCCAGGCCUCACCUGAUUUAUGAUACUCCCCAGGAUUAUUAUUUGGAUUGUCGUCUAACAGACUGUAGCACAUAAUAUCCUAAACAAGGUGCAACUAUUUGAUGUUGCACUUUUCUGUAUAGUCUUGAAGUUCAACACAAAGAAAUGUGAUUACUGAUUGGAAUAAAUACCUCUGUACUUAUCUG